GCCCAUUCAAAUUUCGAAACAAUAAUUUCGAUGGCUUAAAGCCUUGUAUCUCCGCCGUCCAAUCACUGAUUGUAAAUCUGAAAACUGCCCCAGGUAGCUGACAACCCAGGCUAAAAGGCAAUAUCAUUGGUCAAGCGGUUUGUGUCGUGGCUGGUUUGCAUAUUUAAUGAGAAGGCGGAGAAUUUAUUUUUUUCAUUCGCCCCGCCCUCACACGGAGCGCUGCUGAGACAGUCGACUGGAUAACAACACAGAAAGAGAAAUUCUGUCAGUGAAAUAAGAUGGAUGGAGACAAGGCUCAAUAUUCAUGCCUUAUGGAGUCUCUGAAGAGGAGACGGCGGCUAGGCCCUGACGAGCUUAGACUUAUUGCUGAACAUGACAGCGAUGAAGAUCAUGAAGGCAUGACCAUUGAAGAGGAGGACUUCAUGGACAUGGAGCUCUUGGAUGAAGGGGAAGAAGAGGAUGAAGAGGAGCAAGAUGAGCAGAGGGAUCAACCAACAACCUCCUAUCGGUCAAAGUUCAGUGUGCAUUGUUCAUUGGAAGGAGGUAAUUUGAGGUAAUUAUCCAUUGUGCAUUGUCUUAAAUAUUUUGUAGUGAAUUUUUGGCAAAAUGGCUUAGAUGAGAUUUGAUAUCCUGUUGCCUCAAAACUGUUUACUGAAUUGUUCAAUGAUUAUCCUGAACAAAUAAUUGCUUUUUCUUGUAUUGUUGAAUUGGAUUAUUUGAGAGUUUGUUUUAUGGAGUGAUGUUCUUCAAUAGUGCUGAACUAUAUUGUAUUGUUGUUUUGAAAUUAUUUAUAGAAU